CUACUGUGAGGAAAGAGUUAACAGGCAUAGUUGAUUUAGACUAGGGAUAGAAAAAUAACUUAGAAAGAAAUAAGGCAGAAACCAGACUGCUAGUAGAUUAGAAAGUAACGAUAUAAGAACAGAGAGAAAUUCUAGAUAAAAAGUAACAGAGAAAGACUUCAGCAGGAGAUAGUAAAGAAAUUAGAACGAAGGGGAAAGGGACACGAAGUCACGCUCAACUACGCAUGCUUGAUGAGAUUACAUGAAUAUGUAUGCACACCCACUAUGACAAGAUGCCUAAUUUAAAUGCACAUGCGAUGCAUGAUAUGGGAGGUGUCUUUGACGUUAGGUGGGCGUUCCGAGACGUUCUCGUGGGAAACAGGGCUUUAUGUUAUGAUUGGAAGAAGCUCAAUGGGGAGGGAUGAGAAUGUGAUAAUAAUGAAAUGAACUGUAUAAAGAUAGAAAGCAUCUCCAUCUUCUUUGUGCCUCCAGUGGACAUCAGAGGAGAGGCACCUAUUCUGCAGAAUAUGAAAUUAAUAAAAACACUUCUUUGUCUGAAUUUGUCUCAAGAGCAUUUGUGAUUUUUGAAUCUCACAACUUGGGGGCUCGUCCGGGAUCCAAUACUCUAGACAGCUGACGGGAGUAGACGGACGAAGGGAAGGUGCACCCUGCUGAGUUCAGCGGUCUCAGACUCCUUGCUUGCCAUCAGCUGUUUAAGCAGUAGUAUCCGGACCACACAGAGACUCGGCAAAGAAGUGGGAGUAGUUGGAAAUUGUGAAAAAUCAAUCGAGCAAUUUCUGUGCACAGAACCCAGGUAGGAACAAUGACUAAUAAAGUACUUCCUGGGCGAUUGUGGAAAGACCUUGUGGUUGACGCCCUGAAGGAUUCAGGGGGCUGUAAGGUAACCAGAAGGGAGGGGAAGAUAAGAAGUUCUGUAGAAAUUAAGACCUUGUACGGGCAAGGCAGAUAUGAUGAACACGGUAUUGAGAAUAUGAUGAACAUGGUAUUAAGAAUAUGAUUAUGAUAAAUAAGGUAAUUAAACACGGUAUUAAGAAAAAGGGAGGGGAAAAGGCUGUGGGCCAAAUCCCCGCAUUCUGCCCAAUAGUCCGUUGGGGCAAAUGCUGGACCCUGGAGGGCAGGAAAUACCCAGGGGUUGGAGAAGCCAACAAUGAUAAGGUAUAGUCCGUUGGGACAAAUGCAGAGCCGGAGGGGGCCAAAAUACCCAAAGGAAAGAGAAGACAGGGGCCGGGGUGGACGAAGAUCACCCGGCCAACAGGACGGGGAGUCAAAGGGCAGAAGGGGAAGAUAAGUUCGGUUGAAAUUAGACCCCCGAGGGAGGUACCUAGGAGAGGACCCUGAGGGGGAAGGGGGUUUGUUAAAUAGCCUCCUUGAAGAUCCUUUAGGUCUGACAAGAACAGUUAGAUCAAUUCCUUUUCACAGAAGUGAAAAACAAGUAGUAAAGAUUAUGUUGCAGGCAGUAGAAAAACAGCAAAUAAGGAACAGAGAGAGACAGGAUGAUGAGGGAGUUACUCCCGAAAGUAGCAGAUAAGAAGACGGCAAAGGCCGGAGACACAGAGAUACAGAUAGAGAGAGAGAGAGAGCCAGACACAGAGAUACAGGCAGAGAGAGAGAGAGCCAGACACAGAGAUACAGAUAGAGAGAGAGAGAGCCAGACACAGAGAUACGGACAGAGAGAGCCAGACACAGAGAUACAGGCAGAGAGAGAGAGAGCCAGACACAGAGAUACAGACAGAGAGAGAGAGAGCCAGACAGCUUUACUCAGAGAGUGGUAGCUGUGUGGAAUGAGCCUCCAGUGAAGGUGGUGGAGGCAGGUUCGAUAUAUGGUUAUAUGGUAUACCCUUAGAAAGUAUUUGCUGAUGUGGACAAUUUGUUGGUUUGUUCCACAAGUGAAGAGAGAGAAAUACUUCAGAAUAUAAGACAGCAGAUGAUGACCUUGGGAAAGGCAGGAUAUAGUUCAGACUAGAUUGGAAAAUAUGUUGAAAUUGUAUGGUGAAAUGGAAAAAGUACAUGUAAAAUAAGUUAAAUUAAAAUGCAGACAAAGCAGCUGAAACAGCAUCUGGAAGAGAUGUCCAGGGUAAGUCUGAAUCGAUUUAGGUAUGAGCACUGUAGUGUCGUUUAUGCUGAAUAAGGUAAUUAAGAGGUUUGGUAAACCUACAGAAAUCAGCUUUGACAACGGAUUGUUUUCAUUUGAUGAAAAGAAUAAAUGGAACAUUGAAGGUUAAAAUAAAUAAGAUUUGUGUAAUGCUCUGCCAUUGGAACUGAAGAAAUGUUGCAUGCAAACUAGCCAGCAGGUGACACAAUGGAGAAGUUCCUGCAAGGGACCGAGUUUGGAACAGUUACAGAUAGAAUUUAAAAAGUAUAUGAAACAGUUAAUAAUGAUAUACAAGUCUAUUUAUGAACAGGUAAAGUAAAAGCUGUCGGAGAUGGACCAGGAGGAAGGACCCUUUAAACCUGAAGACAAGGUGUAUGUAUUUAUUCGGCCAAAUUUUAGAGCAGGUAUUGGAGGAUUUCCCAGGUCACGGGGAAACGCAACUAUUACAGUAUGUGGAUGACCUCCUUUUGUCAGGAGCAAGAGAAAUGGAAGUGAGGGAUGCCACAAUAAGCCUGUUAAACUUCUUGGGAAGGAAGGGGUUAAGAGUGUCCCGUAACAAGCUUCAAUUUGUGAAACAAGAGGUAAAAUAUCUGGGACAUCUGAUAAGUGGAGGAAAGAGACGAAUAAACCCCGAAAGGAUAGCUGGGAUCACGAGAGUACCACUACCAAAGAAUAAGAAAGAGAUCCGAAAAUUCCUGGGAUUGAUAGGAUACUGUCGACUGUGGAUAGAUGAUUACUCCAGACAAGUAAAAUUCCUGUAUGAUAAAUUGGGAGAAGAAAAAGACAAAGUUCAGUGGACUCCAGAACAGGAGGUGAAAUUUGGGAAAUUAAAGAACAGUUUGAUUACUGCUCCCGUGUUGGCUCUGCCCUCAGUAGAACAACCUUUCCACCUGUUUGUAAAUUCAGACAAGGGGGUGGCACUAGGGGUACUCACCCAGAAAAGAGGGGGAAAUCGACAGCCAGUGGCCUUCCUAUCAAAAAUAUUAGAUCCAGUCUGCAGGGGAUGGCCGGGAUGCAUACAAGCGGUAGCAGCUACCGCAAUAUUGGUGGAAGAGAGUAGGAAAUUAACCUUUGGAGGCACUCUGGUUGUUUCUACACCACACACAGUAAGAACCAUACUCACUCAGAAAUCCAACAGAUGGUUAACAGACUCCAGACUUUUAAAGUAUGAGGCCAUCCUGAUGGAAAAAGACGAUUUGAUGAUAAUUACGGAUAAGAACCUUAACCCGUCCCAAUUCCUGUAUCCAGCAGAGAAACAGGGUGACAAGGAAGAGGGCCCAGUACACUGCUGUAGUGAAAUAAUAGAUUUACAGACAAAAAGUAGAGAAGACUUAGAAGAGCAACCUCUGGCUGAGGGCAGCCGGUGGUUCAUAGAUGGAUCCACCAGGUGCAUAGAUGGAAAAAAGACAUAGUGGGUACGGUAUAGUGAACGGGGAAACUAUGGAGGAAAUUGAAAGCGGCAGGCUGCCUGGUAGUUGGUCAGCUCAAUCUUGUGAAUUAUAUGCAUUAAUGAGAGCUUUGGAAUUAUUGGAGGGGAAGGAAGGAACAGUAUAUACCGAUUCAAAAUACGCUUUUGGAGUAGUACACACCUUUGGGAAGAUCUGGAAAGAGCGAGGAAUGAUAACAACUCGAGGUAAAGAACUAGCACAUGAGCAAUUGAUAGGACAGACACUGGAAGCAUUGCAAAAACCAGAACGAAUAGCCAUAGCACAUGUGGCAGGGCAUCAGAAGGGUAACACCCUGGAGGCCAGAGGAAAUAGGGCAGUGGAUGAGGUUGCAAAAAGAGCAGCCACAGAACAGAUGGUAGAAAUGAAGUCACUAAUACCGUUAAGGGAACCCGAGGAAAAGAUACCUAUCUUUAGUGAGAAAGAACAGGAAAACAUGAAAGAAAUGGGGGCUCAGCGUACUUCAAAUGGGAAAUGGUGGACACCAAAUGGAAAGCAGCUAUUGAACAAAGAAAUAAUGAGGGAGUUAUUAGGGAGAUUACAUGGACAAAGCCAUUGGGGAACACAAGCCCUCUGUGACACCCUCCUCAGAACCUACGCUUGCUGUGGGAUGUUUACCAUGGCCAAACAGGUCAUAAGGGGCUGUGUAAUAUGUCAGCGAAUUAAUAAGAAAAUCAUGAGAGCAGUCCCAGGAGGAGGACAACCAUUAGCAGUUAGGCCCUUCCAAAGAAUACAGAUAGAUUUUACCGAGCUGCCCCGGGUACGAACAUGGAAGUACCUGUUAGUGGUAGUGGACCAUUUCACCAGAUGGGUAGAGGCAUUCCCCACGGCAACUGCCACCACACAGGUGGUAGCCAAGAUAUUAUUAGAACAAAUUAUACCCAGAUAUGGGAUUGUGGAAACAAUAGACUCAGAUAGAGGGACCCAUUUUGCCUCAAAGACACAUGAAAUGAUAUGUGAAGCACUGGGAAUAGAAUGGAAAUUGCAUACACCAUGGCAUCCCCAGAGCUCAGGAAAGGUGGAAAGAAUGAAUGGCACCUUAAAGACACAAAUUACCAAGUUGAUAGAGGAAACGAGACUCCCCUGGACUAAGUGCCUCCCGAUAGCCCUGUUGAGAAUCCGAACGGCACCUCGAAAAGACAUAGGGAUAUCACCAUAUGAAAUGUUAUUCGGGCUCCCAUACUUAGGGAAGAUAGAAGGAGUCCCAACAAUACAAGGGAACGAUGUGUUCCUGAGGAACUAUUUACUGGCAGUGUCCCAAUCUCUUGCAGAACUAAAAAUUAAAGGAUUGCUGGCCCAGAGCCCACCACUGGACUUUCCAAUUCACUCAGUCAAGGCUGGAGACUGGGUAUUAAUAAAAACGUGGAAAGAAGAAAAGCUGCAACCUAAGUGGACUGGACCCUACUUGGUAUUACUAAUCACGGAGACAGCAGUACGAACAAAAGAGAAAGGGUGGACACACGCAAGUCGAGUUAAGGGUCCUGUAGAGGCCCCACCAGACGAUAUCAGCCCGUGGACAGUGCGCAAAGGAGAAGAACCAUUGACUUUAAUAUUUACCAAGAACCCGCAGGAAAAAUGAAGAUUUCGUGUUGGUGGGUCGUGUGUUGGGUGGUUACCCAACUUGUAAGUAAUGUAACAUGCAUAAAAAUCACAAUACCACAGAAUAGAAGGUCCACCACCAUCCCAUUUAAUGUAUGUAAAGGAAAAAGGUGGUGCGGCUAUAGAAUGUAUGUAUGCACCCAUCCCUGUAAAGAUUGGCACGCGGUGUUUACUUCAUCAAAAUAUGGGUGGCAUCGGACCACCUAUCAAACUGAUAGGUGGAGAGUAUAUCAAAACCCAAACGAGAAAUUGCCAGGACGCGUAUAUGUGAGCAUACAGAGUGUUCAGAUACAGGAAAGUGGUAGGUAUUGGAUAUGUGCAGAUAAAACAGGGAAGGACGCAUGUCUGAAGUUUGAAAUAGAAGUCAAGCGAGAUGGGAAGAUGGUAAUAUACGAGGAUAGGGGAGAAGUGUUCAAGAUAGAUGACAGUCAGAAUAGGGAUCCCAGGGCAACACCUGUACCACCAGUAGUCAGCAAUGUCACCAGGGAAAAUGAGUCUAAGAAGCUGAAGAUAAUGAUAGUAGCAGGAGAAACAGGAUUAAGGCAGUUAUAUGAGAAGGGAAUACCAACAGGGGGAAAAGGAGCCAACACCUGGCUUGCCUGGAUGAUGUACACAGCCAGAAGUAUGCAACGAACCAAUUGUUACGCCUGCGCCGGAGCUAGGCCUCAGCUGGUCCCAGUACCAUUUCCCCUGAAUUGGGAUAGAACACCUAGGGCUAUGACAUGUAUACUACAGCUAUUCACGAAUCCCCUCUUACCAAAAAAUGCGAUAUGCCAGAGUUAUCAUUACCUAUUUCCGGCCAGCAACAACAAUACGAAGGGCCGAAGGGAAGACCCUCGACCUCCUCCAUUUACCAUUCCUUUUGGGGAGGAGGGGUUUGAGUGCUAUACAAGAAAUAACCCAGAGGGACAAGACAUGGGGGAGGUGCUCAACUGCAAUCAGACGUAUAACAUAACGGCUGAGGAACAGGGCCCACUGUUCAAUAGCUCCUGGCUGAAAAAGCAGAUAGUCAGUAGAGCCGAUGUCUGGUGGUGGUGCGGGGAGAAUACCCUGUGGUCCCGGUUACCAGGGUCAUGGACGGGAACCUGUACCCUCAUACAACUGAUGAUGCCCUUCACCAUAGCAGUAGAACAUGCUGUAGAACUCAAUAAAGGAAGCAGACGACAAAAGAGAGAGGUGAAAGGAUCAUUCGACACACACAUCUAUAUAGAUGUGAUAGGGGUGCCAAGAGGGGUACCCGAUAAAUUUAAAGCCAGAAAUCAGAUAGCUGCGGGCUUUGAGUCCAUGCUCUUCUGGUGGUCCACAAUUAAUAAAAAUGUGGACUGGAUCAACUACUUAUACUACAAUCAACAACGCUUUAUAAAUUACACUCGAGAUGCAGUUGAAGGAUUAGCGGAACAACUGACAGCUACCAGCCAAAUGGCCUGGCAAAAAUCGCAUAGCCUUGGACAUGCUACUGGCUGAGAAGGGAGGGGUGUGUGUAAUGUUUGGCGAACAAUGUUGCACAUUCAUCCCCAACAACACUGCUCCGGAUGGGUCAGUGUCAAGAGCCCUAGCAGGGCUCACCUCUCUGUCUAUCGAAUUGGCUGAGAACUCUGGAGUUGACACCUCCUGGACCAGGUUUCUAGACUCCUGGUUUGGAAAAUGGAAGCACAUCUUUACAUCUGCCCUAACAUCAGUGAUAGUCAUGGUGGGGUUACUGUGUUUGUUCGGAUGUUGUAUCAUUCCCUGCGUACGGGGAUUGGCUCAGCGAUUGAUAGAAACAGCCCUGACGAAGAACAGUGCAGCCACCAUAAUGGCCCUCAGAACACAGUAUGACCUACGAGAGGAAGAUAGGGAGGUGAAGAACCUUCUGCUAGCAUUAGAAAAGGAGGAGAUAGUAUAAAUCAAGGGUGCGUAGCAAAAAGAAAAGGAUGGAUUGUGAGGAAAGAGUUAACAGGCAUAGUUGAUUUAGACUAGGGAUAGAAAAAUAACUUAGAAAGAAAUAAGGCAGAAACCAGACUGCUAGUAGAUUAGAAAGUAACGAUAUAAGAACAGAGAGAAAUUCUAGAUAAAAAGUAACAGAGAAAGACUUCAGCAGGAGAUAGUAAAGAAAUUAGAACGAAGGGGAAAGGGACACGAAGUCACGCUCAACUACGCAUGCUUGAUGAGAUUACAUGAAUAUGUAUGCACACCCACUAUGACAAGAUGCCUAAUUUAAAUGCACAUGCGAUGCAUGAUAUGGGAGGUGUCUUUGACGUUAGGUGGGCGUUCCGAGACGUUCUCGUGGGAAACAGGGCUUUAUGUUAUGAUUGGAAGAAGCUCAAUGGGGAGGGAUGAGAAUGUGAUAAUAAUGAAAUGAACUGUAUAAAGAUAGAAAGCAUCUCCAUCUUCUUUGUGCCUCCAGUGGACAUCAGAGGAGAGGCACCUAUUCUGCAGAAUAUGAAAUUAAUAAAAACACUUCUUUGUCUG